GCCCGAUUCUCACCUUUCCCCUUUUAUUUAUUGCUUUUUGUUUUCCGUUUGAAACCAUCCGGGCUCGUCCCUUGGGAUUAGAUCAACAGCACCACCGGCCGCACGGUAGAUCCCUUAGAAUCUGCAUCAUACCGUUCAUUUCGUUCGACAACAUUAUUCAAAAUCAUCGGGCGGCUUCUAGUGAAGUCACACGUGAAGAGAGUAUAGGACACACAUCCCCUCAUUACCGCCCUCAAUGGCAAAGAUGUAAUUCGACAAAUGGUCGUGUCCUUCCCCAUUUAUCUUCUCGCUGCUCUAGUACCUGGUCGAUACACCAAUCAGCGCGUACGAAAUGUCUUCGACGCGUUUCUUCUACUCGCGACAUUUCUUCACCACGCUAAAUUGAAACCUGAGUCCACUGCAACACAUUCAGUUUGAAAUCUGUUCACAUUCGUCGUAGAUCUCUCACCUCUACUGAGUUGGACAUUCAACUCAGAUCGAGUUAGGAAUUGGAGAGGAGCGGUGUCUGGUAAUCUAGGGUUUUGGUUGUUGAGCAACAGCCACUGUGGCUGCAAUCUAGGGUUUUGGAGUCGGAGAAAUGGGUAGGGUUUCUGACAAUUGGGAGAGACUGGUGCGAGCGACGCUGCGGAGAGAGCAGCUUCGAAAUGCUGGUCAAGGCCAUGAGAGAACCUCCAGCGGGAUCGCCGGAGCGGUUCCACCAUCGCUCGGGAGAGAGACGAAUAUUGACGCGAUUCUACAGGCGGCCGACGAGGUUGAAGCGGAGGAUCAAAACGUCGCAAGGAUUUUGUGUGAGCAAGCAUACACUAUGGCACAAAAUCUGGAUCCCAACAGUGAUGGUAGAGGCGUUCUCCAGUUUAAAACUGGUUUGCAGUCUAUAAUUAAGCAAAAACUUGCCAAAAGGGAUGGAACUCAAAUAGAUCGUAGUCGUGAUGUUGAGCGUUUGUGGAAUUUUUAUCUGUCCUACAAGAGACGACAUCGAGUGGAUGAUAUUCAAAGAGAGGAACAAAAAUGGCGUGAAACUGGAACUUUUAGUGCUAACUUGGGAGAGAUGGAACUCAGAUCCUUAAAAAUGAAAAAGGUGUUUGCUACUUUGAGGGCUUUGGUUGAGGUCAUGGAGGCACUUAACAAAGAUGCUGAUUCUGGUGUUGGGUUGCAUAUUAGGGAGGAGUUGAGAAGGAUAAAAAGAUCAGAUGGAACAUUAUCAGGAGAACUCAUGCCCUACAACAUUGUCCCUCUAGAAGCCCCAUCUUUGACCAAUGCUAUUGGAGUUUUCCCUGAAGUUAAAGGUGCAAUAUCUGCGAUUAGAUACACAGAACACUUCCCUCAACUUCCUGCUAAUUUUGAGAUUUCUGGUCAGAGGGAUGUGGACAUGUUUGAUCUUCUGGAGUAUGUGUUUGGGUUCCAGAAAGACAACAUACAAAACCAACGGGAAAAUGUUGUUCUUACUGUAGCAAAUGCACAGUGUCGACUUGGCAUACCUGUUGAAGCUAAUCCAAAAAUUGAUGAAAAAGCUGUCACUGAAGUUUUCUUGAAGGUGCUGGAUAACUACAUCAAAUGGUGCAAAUACUUGCGGAUACGUCUUGCAUGGAAUAGUAUAGAAGCAAUUAAUAGGGACAGGAGACUUUUUCUGGUUUCAUUGUACUUUCUCAUAUGGGGUGAAGCUGCAAAUGUUCGUUUCCUUCCUGAAUGCAUAUGCUAUAUAUUCCACCAUAUGGCAAGAGAGUUAGAUGCAAUAUUGGAUCAUGGUGAAGCUAAUCAUGCUGCCAGUUGUAUAACUGCAGAUGGUUCAGUUUCCUUCCUUGAGCAAAUCAUUUGUCCUAUAUAUGAGACAAUGGAAAAGGAAGCUGCUAGAAACAAUAAUGGGAAAGCUGCACAUUCUGCAUGGCGGAAUUAUGAUGACUUCAAUGAAUUUUUCUGGUCCCCUGCUUGCUUGGAGCUGAGCUGGCCUAUGAAGAGAGAUUCAUCAUUUCUGUUAAAACCUAAAGGGCGGAAAAGGACUGGGAAAACCACUUUUGUUGAGCACAGAACAUUUCUUCAUUUAUAUAGGAGUUUUCAUCGACUGUGGAUAUUUUUGGCUUUAAUGUUCCAGGCUUUGACAAUUAUAGCCUUCAAUCAUGGAAAUAUUGACCUGGAUACCUUUAAGACAAUACUUAGCAUUGGACCAACAUUUGCAAUCAUGAACUUCGCAGAGAGCUGUUUAGAUGUGCUGCUUAUGUUUGGGGCUUAUGCCACUGCAAGAGGCAUGGCCAUUUCAAGGCUAGUCAUUAGGUUUUUCUGGUGUGGCUUUAGCUCUGUAUUUGUGACGUAUGUCUACCUGAAGCUUCUCCAGGAAAGAAAAAAUCCAAACUCAGAUUCAUUCUAUUUCCGGAUUUAUAUUAUUGUAUUGGGUGUUUAUGCUGCUUUGCGCCUAGUCCUUGCAAUGUUACUUAAAUUUCCGUCAUGUCAUGCACUCUCCGAAAUGUCUGACCAGGCAUUCUUUCGAUUUUUCAAGUGGAUUUAUCAGGAGCGAUACUAUGUGGGCCGUGGUCUUUUUGAAAGUACAAGUGAUUAUUUCAGGUAUGUGGUCUACUGGCUGGUGAUAUUUGCAUGCAAAUUUACAUUUGCUUACUUCCUCCAGAUUAGACCACUAGUCAAACCGACCAAUAUUAUUGUGGACCUUCCAUCUUUGACAUACUCAUGGCAUGAUUUGAUCUCGAAGAACAAUAAUAAUUUGUUGACAUUAGCUAGCAUAUGGGCUCCUGUUAUUGCUAUCUAUCUCAUGGACAUUCUUAUAUGGUACACUAUCUUAUCUGCAAUUGUUGGUGGUGUUAAGGGUGCACGUGCUCGGUUAGGCGAGAUACGUUCAAUUGAAAUGGUGCAUAAACGUUUUGAAAGCUUUCCAGCAGCCUUUGUCAAUAACCUUGUGUCUCCUAUGAUGAAAAGGAUGCCUUUUAAUACACAAUCAGCUCAGGUUUCUCAGGAUAUGAACAAGACACAUGCAGCCAUUUUUUCUCCAUUUUGGAAUGAGAUCAUUAAAAGCUUGCGUGAGGAAGAUUAUAUUAGUAACCGGGAGAUGGACUUGCUUUCUAUUCCUAGCAACACAGGAAGUUUGAGAUUAGUUCAAUGGCCUUUGUUUCUUCUAAGCAGUAAGAUCUUGUUGGCAAUCGAUUUAGCUCUGGACUGUAAAGAUUCACAGGCAGAUCUUUGGAGUAGAAUACGUAGGGAUGAAUACAUGGCAUAUGCGGUUCAGGAGUGUUACUACAGUGUUGAAAAAAUUUUACAUUCCCUGGUUGAUGGUGAAGGAAGCCUUUGGGUUGAAAGGAUCUUCCGGGAGAUCAAUAAUAGCAUAUUGGAGGAUUCACUUUUUACAAUCUUAGAUCCCCAGAAGCUUCCAAUGGUAUUACAAAGAUUGACGGCAUUGACUGGACUUCUGAUUAGGAAUGAAACUCCUGACCGUGCAAUAGGUGCUGCAAAAUCUGUGCGUGAAAUAUAUGAUGUUGUUACACAUGACCUGCUGACAUCCAAUUUAAGGGAGCAGCUUGAUACAUGGAAUAUAUUGGCAAGAGCUAGAAAUGAGGGGCGUCUGUUUUCUAGGAUAGAAUGGCCUAAAGAUCCUGAAAUUAAGGAGCAGGUGAAGCGGUUGCACCUAUUUCUCACUGUGAAAGAUUCUGCAGCUAAUAUUCCAAAGAAUCUAGAAGCACAGAGGCGGUUACAAUUUUUUACAAAUUCAUUGUUUAUGGAUAUGCCUUCAGCAAAGCCAGUUUGUGAAAUGAUGCCAUUCAGUGUCUUCACCCCAUACUACAGUGAGACUGUACUAUAUAGUUCAACCGAUCUGCGGUCAGAAAAUGAGGAUGGGAUAUCUACUCUUUUCUAUCUUCAGAAAAUCUUUCCAGAUGAAUGGGAGAAUUUCUUGGAACGCAUUGGUCGGCUUGGGUCUAAUGAGGAUGCAGAUCUUCAAGAAAGCUCUAGUGAUUCGUUGGAGCUUCGGUUUUGGGCAUCUUAUCGAGGCCAGACUCUAGCUAGGACAGUGCGUGGUAUGAUGUAUUAUAGACGGGCUUUAAUGCUACAAAGCUACUUGGAAAGUAGAUCAUUUGGAGUAGAUGACAAUAAUUCUCUAGCCAACUUCCCCACAACUCAAGGAUUUGAGCUGUCACGUGAAGCAAGGGCACAAGUAGAUCUGAAGUUCACAUAUGUAGUAUCGUGCCAAAUUUAUGGGCAACAGAAACAGAAGAAGGCUUCAGAGGCAGCUGAUAUUGCUCUUUUGUUGCAGAGGAAUGAGGCACUUCGAGUUGCUUUCAUACAUGUUGAAGACAAUGGUGCAACUGAUGGAAAGACUACAAAAGAAUACUAUUCAAAGCUUGUGAAAGCUGAUGGAAAUGGGAAAGAUCAGGAAGUAUAUUCCAUCAAACUUCCUGGAGAUCCAAAGCUUGGAGAAGGUAAGCCUGAAAACCAAAAUCAUGCUAUAAUCUUCACACGUGGGGAAGCUAUUCAAACUAUUGAUAUGAAUCAGGAUAACUACCUGGAGGAGGCAAUGAAAAUGAGAAAUCUUCUUGAGGAAUUUCGAGGGAAUCAUGGUCUUCGACCUCCAACUAUUCUUGGUGUUAGAGAGCAUGUUUUCACCGGAAGUGUCUCAUCUUUAGCCUGGUUUAUGUCAAAUCAAGAAACUAGCUUUGUGACCUUGGGCCAACGAGUUUUGGCUAGUCCUCUCAAAGUUCGUAUGCACUACGGGCAUCCUGAUGUGUUCGACCGAAUUUUUCAUAUAUCUCGAGGUGGCAUCAGUAAAGCAUCACGUGUAAUUAAUAUUAGUGAAGAUAUAUAUGCAGGGUUCAAUUCCACACUGAGGCAGGGUAAUAUUACACACCAUGAGUACAUUCAGGUUGGAAAGGGUAGAGAUGUUGGGUUAAACCAGAUUGCCCUAUUUGAAGGAAAAGUGGCUGGUGGAAAUGGAGAACAAGUAUUAAGCAGGGACAUCUACAGGCUUGGACAACUUUUUGAUUUCUUUAGAAUGCUUUCUUUCUUCUUUACUACCGUUGGAUACUAUGUCUGCACAAUGAUGACAGUUAUUACGGUAUAUAUUUUCUUAUAUGGAAGAGUUUACCUGGCUUUCUCUGGGCUUGAUGAGGGAAUUGAAAGGUUUGCUAAAUUGACUGGUAACACGGCACUAAGUGCAGCUCUAAAUGCUCAGUUCCUGGUCCAGAUUGGAGUUUUUACUGCUGUGCCAAUGGUAGUGGGUUUUAUACUUGAAUCGGGACUGCUGAAGGCUGUUUUCAGUUUUAUCACAAUGCAGCUUCAGUUAUGUUCCGUCUUCUUCACAUUCUCAUUAGGAACUAGAACUCAUUAUUUUGGACGUACUAUCCUCCAUGGCGGUGCUAAAUACAGAGCAACUGGUAGAGGCUUUGUUGUUCGUCACAUCAAGUUUGCCGAAAAUUACAGGCUGUACUCAAGAAGUCAUUUUGUUAAGGCGCUUGAAGUGGCUCUGCUCCUAAUAGUAUACAUCGCAUAUGGGCACACAGGAGGAGGCUCUGUGUCUUUUAUUCUGUUAACUCUUAGCAGUUGGUUCCUUGUCAUAUCAUGGCUCUUUGCUCCUUAUAUUUUUAAUCCCUCAGGUUUUGAGUGGCAAAAGACUGUGGAGGACUUCGAUGAUUGGACCAGUUGGCUCCUAUAUAAAGGUGGAGUUGGGGUGAAGGGAGACCAUAGCUGGGAAUCUUGGUGGGAGGAAGAACAGGCGCAUAUCCAAACGCUAAGAGGCCGUAUAUUGGAAACAAUUUUAAGCUUAAGGUUUAUUAUAUUUCAAUAUGGCAUUGUAUACAAACUCCAUCUCACACAAAAAGAUACCUCACUUGCGAUUUAUGGGUUCUCCUGGGUUGUGCUGGUUGGCAUUGUCAUGAUAUUCAAGUUAUUCAGCUUUAGCCCAAAAAAAUCCAGCAACAUCCAGCUAGUGAUGCGAUUUUCACAGGGAGUUUUUUCCUUAGGACUUGUUGCAGCUCUUUGCCUUGUUGUUGCCUUCACCGAUCUGUCAAUUGUAGACCUGUUUGCUAGCAUCCUUGCAUUUAUUCCUACUGGAUGGAUGAUUCUAUCUUUAGCGAUCACAUGGAAAAGGGUGGUAAGGAGCCUAGGCUUAUGGGAUUCAGUCCGGGAGUUUGCUAGAAUGUAUGAUGCUGGGAUGGGUAUGAUCAUUUUUGCCCCAAUAGCAGUGCUAUCAUGGUUCCCAUUUAUUUCCACCUUCCAGUCUCGUCUUCUCUUUAACCAAGCAUUCAGCCGUGGACUGGAGAUCUCCAUCAUCCUUGCAGGAAACAAAGCUAAUGUCCAGGCCUGAUAGUUUCCUUCCAAUUUCCCAGGUUGUGAUUGUAAAUUUUGAGCUGAAAAUUUUAUUGUAUCAUAUUCCCCCAUAUUUAGAUUGCUACAUAUAUACAUAUAUAUGGUUGGAGGAAAAAUUUGGCAGAGAUGAACACAUUUUUGCAUUGAUUUCUCUGUGACGAUCAGAGUGUCCAACUUAUUAAAAAAUACAGGGUGUUGGCUGAAAACCAACAGCGAGAGCUGCUUGUGGGGUACUGCAAUAUGCAUUAUUUGAAAUAUUUUAGCCAACAAGCUUAUGAUUA